AUGAAUGCGACUGCCCCUUCCAAUGAGUUUCUCUGCCCUCUCUGCAUGAGAGUUCCAGAAAACAUCGAACAGCUCUUGGGCAAAGACGGUACCUCAUCUACAUUGACCAACAACCUCCUGCUAGACCACAUUGCCAACCAUCUUGAAUCACUCUCAUUGAAUGCACUUCCUUCUCUUCCAAACUCUAGCCUGAACGCGUCUGCUGGCGACCAGCAGUCGAGAAACCCGCGACAACCAAGCGGGGAGAAAGCUAUGGAUAGAGUAAGUGACCCUGCCUUAAGGAAUCGAGCGGCCAUUAACCUCUGACAAGUCUCUUUCCAUCGAGGACGAGUUUUACGAGUAUUACGAGCGUUCUUACCGUCCAUCACGGCCGACGAAAUGCGAAUGCUGUGGCCAGGAUGCUAAAGAAGGAGCCAUCCCACUUAAUAUCGCUGGCUACUUCCUAACGUCUGCCGAGAUUGCUUUCUUUACAAAGUCUCGCGCGGAGGACGAGGACAGCUCCCUCAGAAACUGUCCAUGCUGCGGGCAGGACGCCAAUAAAGGGGUGCUCGCGCCUGACGAAACCGAUAAGUUACUCGAAGUCGUCUGGCGACCUGUUUCUAUAGGGUUUGAAGAUUUCGAGAAACCUCGCCGCCUCACGCGCUUCCAAGCAGAAAGAGAAAGAUGGGACGGAGUUCAUAUCUGGUUCAACUUUUGGGUGUCAUGGCGGAUGCGCCGUCGUUCCUGCCCUCAGAUGGACCCGAUCUUGAUUUGGUUAACUACCAGACGACGCCAUUUCCUACAACAACCAAAAGUGCCUCAGUCUCCAAAUUUCAGCACCAACCUUGACGUCCAUCAUUAUUCCAAGAUUCUAUUGACCGCAUCGAAGCGCAAUCAUAUUGAAGCAGCUCAAUACUGCUUAGAGAUGGGGACGAAUGUUGAUACAGUAGACCCUGAUGGGAUGACGCCCCUCCUCUGGGCUGCAGUACUCGGGUCGAAGCAGAUUGUCCGAUUGCUUUUGAGAAAUGGGGCACGCAUUGAACAACACGACAAAGCAUUCAGGCGAACACCAUUGUCAUUAGCAUCCCUUUGCGGAUACACCGAUAUUGUAGACAUGCUUCUCGCAGCUGGUGCAGACGUGGAUUCAGCCGAUUCGUCAAAUCGCACACCACUCUUCUGGGCUGUGUCUAGGGGACAUGCAAAUGUUGUGGAAUCGCUAUAG